CCGCGGGAACGGCGCUGCCUGCUGGACACUGUGGACAGAUUAGAAUAGAGCUGAGCUCCUGCUGCGCCGCUGCUGCUGUCUGUCUAUGAAGCCGAAUCCACGUGACACUUGUAUGAAUACGUGUGAAACCGAAUUCCAAUGUCCCCUCCUGGACGUACGAGUAAAUUGCGUUGAUACAAAGCGGAUUUAGUUUAUGACAGAUGAAUUUGGGAGACGCCACGAUCAGACUUCCUGUAGGGAGGAGAAUGAAGGCCAAGGCCCCCCCUCCACCUCAACCCCCUCAGCCUGCCCCCCGCAGGAUCUUCCGUAAUGCCGUUCCUGAUGGAGGAGGAUCUUCAGGGGGAGACAGCAAGGAAAACAUGCUUCGACCCUCUGUGGCUCUCCAUAUCAGUCUGCCUUCAGGGUACCAGACCACCGUCAAUGUGGAUGGCAGAAAAGCUCUGAUGGAUUUGUUGGUGGAUCUGUGCAGUCAGUAUCAUCUGAAUCCAGCAUAUCAUACUCUGGAGCUGUUGUCACCCAAUGCUCAGCCCGUUAUCUUUAAGCCCAACACCCUGCUGGGCACCCUGGACGUCUCCUGUGCUCUGAUCAAAGAACGAGUGCUGGAGGACAAAGUGAUCCGGAAACCUCCACCCAAAGUGCCAGAGAAAACGGUGCGUUUGGUGGUGAACUAUCACCACAGUCAGAAGGCCGUGGUUCGAGUAAAUCCAUUGGUCCCCCUGCAUACCCUGGUGCCCGUGAUCUGUCAGAAGUGCGAGUUUGACCCGGCCCAUGUCUUGCUGUUCAAAGACAUUAUCAGCCACCAACAGCUGGACUUGGACAAGUGCCUGAGCGAGCUGGGUAUCAGGGAACUCUAUGUCCUGGAUCAAACACUAGUUCUCCAGCCUAAAAUGGCUUCAACACCUGCCCUGAACUACUCAGCUGAAUCUCUUCACUCCAACAGUCUGAGUGGAUCAGAGAAAAAGGGUCUGCUGGGCUUCCUCAAGUUUAAUCGCAGGAAAUCAAAGACUGAAGAUCAGUCCUCUGAGGACAUGGACAGUCUUGAUGAUGAUAGUGUUGUUGACAAUGCAGACACUAACAUUAAUGGUAUGUCGGUGGCAAGCGGUCCAUGUGUGGAGACCCGUCCUAGCACUCUGGGUCAGUCUCAGUCUGUGAUGAACAUCUCCAAGAUGUCCCCAAAAGUGGAAUUAAAGAAACGCAGAGCUCCAGCACCUCCAACAGCUCCCACACAGACUUUACCACUGACAUCACAGAUAAACCUCAGCUCUCCAUCCUCACACAACCAUCUUAAGAAGCGGAAGGCUCCAGCACCUCCACCCACACCAUCACCCGAACCAGUUAUUUCCACUUCUGUGCCUACUGCAUCUGUGCGGGCCCCCUGCGUCCCGGUGCCAGUUGAAAGGACGCUGCUGCCAGCUCCCAGAGCCUCAACUCCAGCCGAUGAUUCUGAUCUGAGCCAUAGUAUUGAGGAUUCAGAGCCGGCCAGGUCCAUCUGUAGUAGCUCCAGCAGUGAUGUAGCUGCAGGAUCCAGCAGCAGUAGUCUAGCUGACGAACCUGUAACACAUCAGGUUCAUGUGAUAGCUGCAUACACCACAUAUACACCAGAACCUGAACCAGAACCAGAACCUCAACUUAAACCUGAACCUAAACCUGAACACAAGGAAGAAGCAGCUCCUCAGACUCCAAAAGAACCUCCUCAAGAACCAGGUCCAAGUUCAGAGGAUCAAAUGGCAGAAGACCCAGAGCUAGAGAUGGAGCUAAAAAUGGAAGAGAUGGAGAAUAACCGUAAUAGUGGAAUAGCCUGGCUGCAUUCAGCACAUGAGUCUGUGUCAGAGAAGAUGGCAGAACAGGAAGUGGAAACAGCAUCUGUCGCCAGCAGUGAGAGUUUUGCAGACCAGGGCUACGCAGCAUCAGAGGGCAUGGCUGAGGAGUCCGUCCCAGUCUCUCCCUCCAAAAGGAUGCAAUCUGUGUCACCCAUGUCUUUAAACAGUAGCUCAGCUCUGCCUGGUAACCAGUCCAAAGACUCUUCCAGUGACAGUGAUGAGGGUUGUGCAACCUGGGGCUCCAGACAAAGUAGCGGAAAUAUUCAGCGAGGACAUCAGUCAAUCAAGAGACAAAAUGGAUAUGAAGAAGACCCAGAGAUUACUGCUCAGAUUCAGCUUACCCUGGCCGAUCUAGAUGGAAAUCUCGCAGACAUUAAUCACUCAGAAGGAACAUCUGUGUUUGUGGAUGAUGAAAUACCUGUGUCCAUUGUUGACAUGGACAUUCCAGUGACAACCAUUGAUGAAGUUCUUGAUAAUGACCGGUGCAGCUCGAGUGAGUGCGAAGCAGCAUUGUUACACAGCUCUCAAAACAUCAUCAGCCAAUUGUGUGCACCAAGUGAAGCUAUCGAAAACAAAAACAACAAUGCCUGCGGGACAGAAGAGAAACAGUCUGUCCCCGAAAGAAGUCCAUCCCCAGACAUAAAGAAGCAGUCACAAGAGACUACACUCACAGUUAUUGAGAAAACCAUGAAUCCAUCUCCAACCAAUGAGAAGCCAUCACAAGAUACUAAGCUUGUGGAACAAAAGCGGGACAAUAUGGAACAGAAAGCAGUCUUUAACUCUGAGACUAAGAGUAAAGUUGUAACUGAAGAAUUGAAAAGUCAGAAAGACAAAGUAUCACGGAAGUCCCAAAAUUUAGUGCGUCCUGCUGUUCAAAGCGUUCAAAAGGUUCCUGACGAGAGACUGACGAUGGCACCUAUGGUUCAGAGGUUCAGUACAGAGACUGCUUAUGAAGAAAGGACACCUAUUACCAGAGUCCCAACAACUCAGGGUAAGAUCACCCAGAGUUCCUUCUCUCGCUUUGGAAUGAAAACCUUCACAGUCAUCCCUCCCAAACCGACUGUGUCUCAGACCAAGCCUACAGGCUCUCUAGUCAUAGGUGCCAUUAAGAUUGAUGAACAGGGCAACAUGGUUGCUCAGAGACAAAUUUCCACUGGCCCAAAGAAAAAUAGCAAUCCCAGUGUUGAAGCUAGUACAGAAACAUCCCCAUUGGACAAAGCCAAAGCAUUCUGGAGCACUGCAGAGAAGCAAGACCAAUCAACUACGAUCAACCAGGGACCCAUAAUAAACAAUAGAGAUACUGAUGUGUUCAAACCCUCGAUUGUGUCUGGAGUCUCUAAACUUUCAGUAGAAACACCUCCUGAAGAAAUACACAAAGAGUUCAUUAUAUUGGAAAGGAAGCCCAUAUCUGUAGUAGCAAGUAAGCCUUCAUUCCCAGAGCCAGCAGAAAAUCCCUCUUUAACAGCUGAAAGGCGAGAUUUCUCUUUUCUUAUACCCUCCAGAAGAACCUCCAGCCAAUACUUAGCUUCUGCCAUUGCUAAAAACAAUAGCAUUCCCAACACUAAAACAGAUAUCAAGCAGGCGCCAUCAGAGUCCAUUGUUGGUGUUCAAAAACCUGUAAAUCAACAGUUUAAUAGUGAGGUUAGACUUACAAACAUACACAAACCUGCUACUGCUUUCAAACCCCCUGAAAAUUCAGUGCCUUCUUUUGGACACCCUAAACACCUGCAAAGUUACUACCUCAGUCACGUUGCAGAAAAGCCAGCAAGUUCUGAGAGAAUAAGCAGUGUUGAAAAAGGCACUCUGCAUGGGGAAGACAGAACCAAAUCUCUGGACUCGCAUCCCUUAAAUAACCAAAUCCAGCCCUCUACACAUAUGUCUGCUCACAUUAAACCCAUGGAAUCUUCCUCUGAAGAAGCCACAUCAAUCAAUAAGUUCCCAGACACCUCUGCCAGACAGACGCCAACAGACACCACACGUCCACCACUUACAAAGAAGCCAGAGUUACACAAAUCUGAGAUUCCAUCUGAACCAAACCAGGGUAAAUUGUUUGGACAGGUUAAGAAGUUCAAGCCUGUUAUUUUUAAACCUGUACAGAAGGAAACUUCUAUCCAUAGCUCGCUAAUGGAGGCCAUACAGUCUGGAGAGGGCAUUGAACGGCUCAGAAAGGUGUCUGACUUGUCUACUAAGAGCACAGUUAGAGAGCUGUCUAACAAUGAUGCAGACAAUGAGCAUUCAGCGCUUCUUUCAGCAUUAAGAGCUCCGAGCAACUCUGCGAGACUGAAGAAGACCAUAUCAGGAGCAGCUAAGGAGUUGGAGCAGCUCAGGAAGCUUGAGGAAGACAGAAAUGUCCAGAGAGAUGAUAUCUCACCUCCUCCCACUUCUUCUCCUGCUUUUGUGCCACCCCCACCUCCAGCCUUUGGUCCUCCCCCACCUCCACCUUUAGCUCCAUUCAAGCCCCCUCUAGUGCUGCCUGCUGGAGGAAACCCAGAGGCGGCCCGAGAGGCUCUUCUGGAGGCCAUUCGCUCAGGCUCUGGGGCUCAACGACUGAGGAAGGUCCCUGUCACACAGACAAGACGGCAAGUGAAUGGAAGACUUGGAACCAUCCAGGCAACAUCACCGCUUUCUUAUGGACACUAGAAACCUUCACUGGAUCACCGUUUGGGUUUACCCAUCGCCAAAUCUGGUGUUUAAGCAUUUGUGCUAAUGCUGUUGCAGAUAAUGCUAACACAAUAUUCACAGCCUUCUUUAUUUAUAGUGAUAUGCUGCUUCACAUCAGUGCCAAUACUAAUUUGCCUAGUUUCAGGCAUUUUAUGUCCUACUGACAUUCUAAUGAUGGCAUUGAAGUUAUUUGCUAAUGCUGCUUUGAGGUGUUUUUUUUUUUCAGAUGUCUGCCUGACUUCUAUAUCUCUAUCAGUAUUAUACCUGAAUAUAUUAUGCAGGUAUUUGCUGUUGCAUCACAGUAUAGGUGGUGGGCUGCAAUUGAAUCCACCUGCCAAUCACAGCAGUCUGUUUUUUGAUUUUUUUCUUUUUUAAAGGAACACUAAGUGGUAAAAUGGAAAACACUGAUUUUUAUUUAAUCAUUAUUAUAAAGGUGUUUCUCUAAAUGUUUUGUUAUUUUCCAAAUAUAUACAUAUUGAUAAUUAGAUCACAAACUAUUUUCAUUAGAAAAGUGGACUAGAAAAGUAUGUAUCGACAAAGAACCCUUCUUGACACUCUUUGAAGCAUUGUGCAGUAGAUACAGAUGCUGUAUAUUUGACCAACACUAAUGCACUUUCUCUAAGACUAAUUAUUUUGAAAACUCUUACAGAUUAUUUUGAAAGCCUUAUAGAUACUGUAUGAUUGGACAUAAUGUAAUCAAUUCCUUUUUAUCAGUCUGCUGAAUAACUGUGAUCUAGAGCUGUCAUGGUAAUUCAGCUUUAAUUUAUUCCAUUGGGAAAAUCAUACACUACUAUAAUUAGAAUAAAUUGUUUAAUAUAUUUACACAAGUUGUAAAUGUAUUUAUGUUGUUGCAAUUUAGCAUUAGAGACUAUAUGACUGUAUGAUUGUACAGUGGUAAUCUUAUUGAAUAAAUUACUUAUUCAAUAAGUCAACAGGUGAAUAUUUUGUAAAAAAUAUAUCUGACACUAAUAUAGCAAGUUUCAAAUCUGACACUAAAGCAUUAGUGUAAGGAAAAUAUUUUUAAAUAAUGCUUUUGUAAUGUUUUUAUUUUGAAUGCAGCACAAACUGAAUCAAACUUGUAAAUCAAUUAAACAAUAUUUUACAGUCUUUCCGUUUACAUUGCUUGCAGAGUUAUUUUGAGAAAUGACAAAUUGUAUGCAUACACAAAAGAAAUGGCUGCAGGACUUUUUACAAUUUUAUAAACAGAUUAAUAAUGUUG